UAUUAUAGUUAGGGUUUUAGUUCGCAAUCUUCGCUCUCUGUGGACUCUUCCUUUGGCUCUCCCUUUCUUCUUCUCCCUCUUCCUUCCUUGCUCCCACCACCAGUAUAAAUAAGAAAGGGAGGGAAGGAAGGAGAGAAGAGGAGAGAGGCGCAACUCGAGCAAUCCCCAGAUCUCUUGAUUUCUGAAGAAGAUGAGCACUCCCCUCCCUCCGCCGCCCCCCUCUCUCCCUCCCCUUCUCCCGUCCGCCGGAUUCUGGCCGGAGAUUCCGCCCAGCCGCCAAGAUCUGUGGUCAGGGGAAUCUGAUUAUGACAAUUCUUUUGCCUUCCCUGAAGGCCCGUCCAAGAGACCAAGGACCUCCUCCCCGGAAGGCCUUAGCCCUUGUGACUCGAGACCUUUCCUUCCUGUGAAUCCCCCGCCCAAGAUUCCCAGUCCGGAUUCGGACUCCCCUUCGAAGAACCGUGGCGGCAGCAACAAUGGUAGCAACAAUACCCUUGGUGGGAUCAGCCGCAUCUUCUUUAAGACGAAGCUGUGCUGCAAAUUCAGAAUGGGGUCCUGCCCCUACAGUUCGAACUGCAACUUUGCCCAUGGGAACGAGGAGCUCCGGAAGCCGCCGCCUAAUUGGCAGGAGAUUGUUGCGAACGCCUCCGCCUCUGCAUCGUCUGGCAACUCUGGGAACGAUGAUGACCGGCAGAACGUGAACGGAAAUGGCGGUGGGUGGGCGGAUAGAAAUAAACUGCGGAUCUGCAAGAAGUUCUAUAACGGCGAGGGUUGCUCAUAUGGCGAUAGGUGUAAUUUUCUGCAUGAGGAACCAGGUAGAUCGAGGGAGAGCGUCGCCAUUAACGUCGGAUUGAUGGGCGCCAAUGGACAUGAUGUUACAGAAACCAUCGGGGAUUCGAACGGGUCGAAUCAGAAGCCUGCCUAUUGGAAGACUAGAAUUUGCAACAAGUGGGAGAUGACAGGGGCGUGUCCUUUUGGGGAUAAGUGCCACUUCGCGCAUGGUCUGGCUGAGCUGCAAAAAUAUGGGGGAGGAUACACAGAUUCUGAGAAUGGUUGUUCUGGUGUUGUCCCUUCCAAGGUAGCCAACUCUACUGAAGAAAUUGCACCCAGCAAGAAGUGGGCAUGUAAACAAUCAAAUAUUCAAAAUCGUUUUGCAAAGUGGAAGGGGCCUGAGAAGAUCAACAGGAUCUAUGCUGAUUGGAUUGAUGAUAAUGAAUGAGUAAGGAAACUGCAGCCCACAAUAGCUUCCGACUAAGAUCGGAGGCUGGUUGAUGAAAAAUCAUGAACAACCGUUCUCAGUGGUUUUGGCUUUUUGUUGGUUUCAAAUACUGCAGGAGUUGGGUUUAGAUUUGGAAACCAGGGAUGAUGUCUGAGAGACUACGUUGGUGCAAGAGGCUGGAAAGCGCAUCUCAUUUCUUCAUCAGAUGUUAUUAUGAUUGAUUGGAGUAUCAAGAUUGUUCCAGAGAUGAUGCUGGGCUUUUUUGGUGGUUUCUUCAUUGAUGAUAGUUUCCUUUUUGUAGUAGGAACGAUAUGAUACAGAUUGGAUUGUAAACGAUGGACUAUAUAGGAAGUGCCUUCCCUUUUUUGCCUCCUA